AUGUCGAAACAAGGCUCCACAGUCCUCGAAUCGACGUUUGCUAUCCUGCGCGCCCACGGCAUGAAGAUCAUGUUCGGCAACCCAGGAAGCAACGAGCUGCCAUUCCUGGCUGGCAUGCCGGACGACUUUGAUUACGUCUUGGGUCUGCAUGAGGGCGCCGUAGUCGGCAUGGCGGAUGGCUAUGCCCAGGCGUCGGGACAACCUGUAUUUGUGAGCUUGCACGCGGCAAGUGGGAGCGGGAACGCCAUGGGGGCCCUUACGAACGCGCGGUACUCGCACUCGCCGCUCGUGAUGCUUGCGGGCCAACAGAUCCGCCGCACUGUCGGGCAAGAGGUCAUGCUCAGCAAUGUUGACGCGGCGUUACUUCCGCGUCCGCUGGUAAAAUACUCUCACGAGCCACUGUCACCACAAGACGUGCCGCGCUCAGUCACCCAAGCGAUCCUUGAAGCGACAACAGAACCAAAGGGACCUGUCUACCUCUCGGUUCCUUAUGACGACUGGAAGGAGCCGGCACUCGCGGACGAUGUCCACCUCCCUACGCGACGUGUGCGUACGGCUGGAGGCCUGUCUCCAGAUCUCCUCGCCGAACUGGUGGGCCGAGUCGACUCGGCUCAGAACCCGGUCUUGAUCCUCGGACCAGACGCGGACGGGUCACAGGAAGCAUCCGUUGCGCUCGCGGAGCACCUUGGCUGUCCGGUGUGGGUGGCGCCAAGUCCUUGCCGCGCCCCGUUCCCAACGGCCCACGGGUUAUUCGCCGGCAUCCUGCCCGCAGGGAUGGAGAGCGUGCGUGCACGCUUACAAGGACAUGACGCCGUCCUCGUCGUCGGUGCUCCAGUGAUGCGUUACCACAAGUGGGAACCCAGCGCGUAUCUCAGUGGUUCACCUGACGUGAUCCACCUUACGUCCGACCCGUCAGAGGCGACGCGGGCGCCGUACGGUGACGCCGUGAUCGCUUCCAUUGGGCCUGCCCUCCGCGCUCUGGCAGACAACGUAAAGGACCGCGGUAAGGGGCCCUUUGCCCCGCGCGAUAUCGUCCCAGCAACUAGGGGAGACGGUGGGAUGACAGGCGAGCAAGUCCUGGACGUGCUCAAUGCACACACCCACGAGGGUAUCAGCUACGUCAACGAGACCACAACCCUCGAUGCGGUCUGGAUGUCGCGCGUAGCUCUCACGCGACCGGGUCAGUACCACUUUCCCGCUUCGGGCGGCCUUGGCUUUGGUCUCCCUGCAGCUGUUGGCAUUGCACUAGCGCGUCCCGACUUCACAGUCGUUGCAACUGUCGGUGACGGCAGUGCAAACUACGGCAUUACUGCGCUGUGGACUGCCGCACAGCGCCGGACACGCGUCGUGUUUGUCAUCGUCAACAAUGGGACAUAUGGAGCCCUCCGCCGUUUCGCCGCAGCUAUGAACGCAACCAACUCGCCGGGGCUCGACGUGCCUGGCAUUGACUUUGUGCAGCUCGCACACGGAUAUGGCGUGCCGGCGUCGCGGACCACCAACAGGGACGAGUUCGAGAAGGCGUACAAGGACGCUCUAGAGGCCGAGGGCCCAGUGUUGAUUGAUGCGCGAGUUCUACCAUAG